AUGGCGCAGCAACAAACUCAGCUGCAGAAAACAAAGUUCUGCUGUUCGAUCUGUCUGGCUCUCCUGGAGGGUCCGGUGACGAUACCCUGUGGACACAGCUACUGUAGGAGCUGCAUUCAAAGAUUCUGGGAUGAAGAGGGCCAGAAGAUAAUCCCCAGCUGUCCUCAGUGCAGACAGACCUUCAUACCAAGGCCUGUCCUGGUGACAAACACCAUGUUGGCAGAUUUAGUAGAGGAGCUGAAGAAGAUUGGACUCCAAACUACUCCUGCCGAUCCCUGCUAUGCCAGACCUGAAGAUGUGGCCUGCGAUUUGUGCACUGGGAGGAAACUGAAAGCCCUCAAGUUCUGUCUGGUGUGUUCCGCCUCUUAUUGUGAGAAACACCUCCAGCCUCACUAUGAUGCAGCUCCUUUAAAGAAACACAAGCUCGUGAGGUCCUCCAAGAAGCUUCAGGACAGCAUCUGCUCUGCUCACGAUGAGGUGAUGAUGACGUUCUGCCGCACUGAUCAGCAGGGUGUGUGUUAUCUCUGCCCUCUGGUUCAUCAUAUAGGCCAUGACAUGGUGUCAGCUGCAGAAGAAUGGACUAAGAGGUUAGCAGAGCUAAAGGGGAGCAGACAACAAAUCCAGGAGGGGAUCCAGAUCAGAGUCAAAGAAAUGAAGGUGCUUCAGCAGGAGGUGGAGGCUAUCAAUCAGUCUGCUGAUAAAACAGUGGAGGCCAGUCAGAAGACCUUCACUCAUAUGAUCAGUGUGAUGAAGGAAAGAAUCUCUGAGGUGAAGCAGCAGAUCAGAUCCCAGCAGGAAACUGAAGUGAACAGAGUCAAAGAGCUUCAGGAGAAGCUGGAGCAGGAGCUUACUGAUUUGAGGAGGAAAGAUGGUGAUCUGGAGCAGCUCUCGCACACAAAGGAUCGCAUCCAGUUUCUACAAAAUUACAACUCACUGCCGUGCCUCAGCGAAUCCACACACUCACCCAGCAUCGAAAUCCGUCCUCGCAAGUACUUUGGUGAAGGGAAGGUGGUCGUGUCAAAUGUCACCGAGAAACUCCACAGCAUUCUGAGUGAUGAAUGGAUGAAAAUAUCACAGACGGUGACUGACGUGGACGUAUUACUGCCAAAACCUGAACCAAAGACCAGAACUGAAUUCUUAAAAUAUUCACGUAAUAUCACACUGGAUCCAAAUACAGUAAAUGGAUACCUGGUGUUAUAUGAAGGGAACAGAAAAGCAACAGUAGUGAGUCAGAAACUGUUUUAUUCUCAUCAUCCAGACAGAUUCACUGAACAUUUUCAGGUCCUGAGUUCAGAGAGUCUGAGUGGACACUGUUACUGGGAGAUCAAACUGAGCGGAGAAUAUAUUUGUGUAGCAGUCGCAUACAAGAAUAUUCCGAGAACAGGAAGCAGAGAUGAAGCUGUGUUUGGACGCAGUGACAGGUCUUGGACUUUAUGUUAUUAUAAAAAGAGUUAUUAUUUCUGUCAUAAGGGCAUUAUAACACCACUCUCAGGUCCUCAGUCCUACAAAGUCGGAGUGUAUCUGGAUCACAGUGCAGGUAUUCUGUCCUUCUACAGGGUCUCUGAAACCAUGACUCUCCUCCACAGAGUCCAGACCACCUUCACUCAGCUCCUACAUGCUGGAUUUUAUAUUCAUUUUACUAGAUCCUCAGCUGAGAUUUGUGAGCUCAAAUAGACUGAAGUCGUUUCACAGACGAUGGAAUAGAUUCUGAGUUUUAACAUUUAAAUAUUUUCUCAGAUCAUCUGUUUAUUCAUAAGAUAUUUAAAGGGUUUUUUUUGGGGGGGGGGGAGGGGGGGCUAAUCAAAUGUUUACUUUUCAGGAUUCUGUCACAGAACUUUCUGGUUGUGAGUUAUUUUGUGUUUUUGGAGGUGGUUCAACACAUCGGACAAGGUCCUCUCAUCUGAUUUCAGUUUCUUUUGACAAACCCAGUUUCAGUGUAAAUGGAAGUUAAAUUUAAACCCGGAAACUCCAGAAAGUGUAAACGGGAUCUUUAUAACAACAUCAUCUGAUUUAUUUUACAUCAGAGAAAAAAAAUGUUUCUUGAUUUGUUGGAGAAUUGUACACAGGCUUGUUGAUUACUUUGUUACAUCUGCCAAGGGCAUAAUAAAAUGACCAAUGUUUA